UGGCGGCUCCUGGUUUGUGUGUAAACAAAAUAUAAUUGAUACCGCUCUGCAGCCAGCGCAUCAUCGGUAGUAUUUCAUUCGGGUUGUGCGGUUUCUUUGGUUUCGGUGCUUCAUUGAUUUAAAUUUCCGAGCAUUUUCACCUUGGAAACAUGGAAGAGACCAAACCAAAGACAAAUGUUGAGUAUUUAUUCCGGGAUGCCAGUUUGAAUGAGUCGUAUUUGAAAAUAUGCGCUCCGAUGGUGCGAUACAGCAAAUUGGAGUUUCGGAAUUUAGUUCGUUCCUAUGGAACAGAUCUUACGUUUACCAGUAUGAUUAUGGCAGAUUCUUUCUGCCAAAGUGAGAAGGCAAGGCUCAAUGAGUUUACGACAAACACAGAUGACACACCAGUGAUUGCGCAAUUUGCUGCUAAAAACUCCGUGGAUUUCCUUUCCGCCACCGAGAUGGCAUUUCCCUACGUAGAUGGAGUGGACCUAAAUUGUGGAUGUCCCCAAAGAUGGGCUAUGCAGGAUGGAUAUGGCAGUGCUCUGCUGAAGACGCCGGAACUAAUCGCAGACAUGCUGAGUACCGUGAGGAGGAAUCUACCGGGCACGUUCAGCGUUUCCGUCAAGGUUCGGUUGCUACAGAAAUCUUUGAGUGCCACGAUCGAUAUGUGCCGUCAGCUGGAAGCAUGUGGAAUUACGUUUAUAACGGUUCAUGGAAGAACCCCGGUUCAGAAGACUAACAUUCCAGUAGACAAGGAAGCGCUGAAAGAGAUUAAAAGCAGUUUGAGCAUUCCAGUGGUUGCCAAUGGGGACAUUUUCAGCUUACGUGACGCCGAUGCAAUGCACUGCACAACGAACUGUGAUGGCGUAAUGUCCGCCCGUGGAAUCCUGUCCAACCCAGCGAUGUAUGCCGGCUUCGAACGGACCCCGCUGGAGUGCAUCCAACGGUGGAUCAACAUUACCGCACAGGCCGACACGGACAUAACGUACCAAGCGAUGCACCACCAUCUUACGUUCAUGGCGGAAUCGUUGCUCACCAAGGAGCAACGGAUAGUGUUCAACAAUCUGACCAAAGACAAGGGCCGGGUGUACGAUUUCUUUCGGGAGCAUUUCCAGCUGGAACCGCAGCCGUGCGAUCAUCCCUCGAAGUUGGUGUGCACCUUUGACGACGAAGCAUAUCGAAGGAGGGUGCCGCAGCAUAGAGGAGGUGGGCGUAAUGCGAACGUGGACGAGUACUCGAGUGAAGAACGAGAUGGUGCAUAUUUCAGUAGUAAGGUUGGUGUCCAUGAUACAGGUGAAAAUGUGGAAGAUGUGGAUUUAACGGAUUGCAGCCUGUUCGGGAACGAUGAAAUAUGAUAAGAUAGAAGUUGGAAUAAAGCCGUUGGUAAUAUAUGUUGGAAA